CACGCGCAUGCCGCUAACACGCGCGACAAUCGAUCACAAUCGAUCGAUUUGUUUACAUCGAUUUCAUCGUUUCGUGAAGUGCUGGCCGUUUUGAUAGUAAAAUUUUAAAUAUAAAUUAGAGUAUUUAAACUGACUAAAAAUUUAAAUUGUGCGUUCUGUUUUGGAUUUGUUUUUUAUUCGUCUAGUGGACGGAUUUUACAAUACAGAAUUUGAGGUUAAAAUAGUGGCUGGAAAAAGUAAAGUCAAUCAACAGUGACAAAAAUUACAGUGCAUUUUUGAUUAGACAAAGUGAUUUGGAAAAAAAUAUUUUUUUUUUGUGCAGUGUUGAGUGGUAUUAAAAAUUGAUUUCAAAAAGUGUUGCAAUUGUGGUGUACGUAGUUCUUGACUUAUUUUAGAAUUUUUGCAGAUACGUCACAAGUGGCGUUUGAACUCUCAAGGAGCCCAAAAUUAAGAAGGUGCGCAAUGUGGGUGGCACGGUGGUAGAGGCCGGGAGGGCGGCCGGAUGCGGCUCGCGCGCGCCCGUCCGCCCGCCGCCUCCGUCACAUAGGCGCGCUCGCGCUACCCCUGCGCGCACACUAUGCGCAUGGCAAGCGCCCUGCCCACUCUGCUCGCGGUGCUGUGUGGGGCAGUGGCGGGUGCAGGCGACGUGAUGGCGAACGUGAGCCGCGUGCGCCGCUCGCCGCAACCUCACCAUCCGCACCGCGUGCUGACGGAUGAGGAGUUAGACGCGACGGCGGCGUGGAAGCGGUCGCACUGGCGUGAGAUGCAGUCCAUCCUGCGGCACGAAGGUUCCAACAGGGAAGUCGUCGAGUGCUGCCCCUCGGUGCUCGAGAUGGUCGCCAAGAAAGGCGGCCGCACCCCCACAGGCCUCUACGUAGAACUGUACGAGGAUGGCGAGAACAAACAGCGCCUGUACGAACUGUCCUGCGCGCCAGGAGUCGUCGACAAGCCCUGCCGCUUCGUCGACGCCCGCCUCUACAACCAGUCGCGUUGCGUCCAAAAAUACUCUUACUCUUACGCGUUAGUGCGGUAUUCCGCAGCCACCGAGAUGCCCCAACACCGGCACAGGACUGAGGGACAUUUCUCCGUGCCAGGCUCCGGUGGCUGGUCGAUGGACUAUGUGAUAGUUCGGGCAGGUUGUGAGUGCCAAAUUACUCCUCCGAAGAGGAAAAGUGCGCAUAGGAAACGGCUCGAGCGGCACCGCCAGAGGAAGAAAAACAAGCGGCUCGAGGAAGAAGAUGAGACUUGAUUGUGGUGGAGUGCUAGUGACAAUCCAGUGGGACAUUGAACAAAUUGCGGAGUCUUCCCGGUUUAGUGUAAGGUGUGUUUUGGCAUCUGAUAACGGCAUCUUGGAAAUCUUAAGGGCGCUAUUUCAGUAGUGGGAAAUUAUUCGGGAUUGGAUUCAUCAUCUCCAGAAACAGAAUCAUUUAUUCAACGUAAUUAUCAUGGAUAAACUUGUUGAAGGUCAAUGUAACAUUUUUGAAUUUCCGUCAUUUCGCAAGGUGUUAUGGCUGAGGAGAAGAAAUGACAAGAAACUGCAACAGCAUCUCCCUAGCAUUAUCCCGUUCUUUACAGGGUUCACUUACCUAACCUGAAGAUUUGACAGGUUUGGUGUACAGAAGCAACUGGUUGUGUGACCUUAACAACUCUUAUCUAUUGAAAUUGUAGCCAAUCACAGGACAGUACUUCUAGCUGCCUGAUACUGGUACCCUUAUUCUAAGAUAUUCACUUGACUUUGUACUCAGUUGAGACCACCUCAAGGGCUUCAUCGAACUCAGCUCAGAAAAAAUAGUGUUUACAGAAGUGACUGCCUGUUUGACCUUCCAACCCGAAAGAUACCGGAUGCAGGUUUUAUUCGGGAUUCCGUUGCCGGCAAUUAGUUGGUCGCGUAAUCAGGUCAGGUUAUCCUUUAUGCUGCAUGCAUUCUUUUGGUGGCGUCAUCAUGGUGUCCAAGUAAUAUAGGGCCCUUAGAAUAUUAGUAUUACAGUCUAUGUUGAAUGGUGUCUUUCAAUUAGUGUUCACUCAUGAGCAAUAUAAUGUACCCACUUUAGGACUCUGUCGCACUAACAUAUUUGACAUUAAGUGAGACUUACAGUUCAAUUUGUCAAAAAAGUUAAUGUGACAUGGUACCAAAGUGUAUACAUAUUAAUGCUCGUGACCGUUCACUUAAGAGUCUUUAUCAGUUUCAAGUACAGAACGUCUACGGACGUUCCGAUUCCAAAUGUCAUACCACCUAUUAUGAACCAUCAAUGAUCCAUGGUCUCUGUCCGUGAAAGGGUUAAAGUACUAUUUUCCCAGUUUUCUCGCCUCUGGCCCAACUGGGCACCCUCAGGCCUUUGUCUUAAACGUUGAACCGGGUGAGAGCCUUCAGUGCUCCCCAUUUGUCCGGCCAAGUAGUUUAUGCCAUCUGCGGCAAAUAUACAAUAAGUCACGUAAAAA